GCUACUCACCAGAACCAGAAGCAAAAUGUCCCUGAAGUUGCCAAGAAACUGGGACUUCAACCUGAAAGGAGAGGCUGGGAAAAUAGCUCGGUCAAGGAGUGUGAUGACCGGUGAGCCGAUGGCUGCCUUCCACCUGUCCUCCACCCCCAACCCGCUGGAAAGGCCUAUCAAGAUGGGCUGGCUGAAGAAGCAGAGGUCCAUUGUGAAAAACUGGCAGCAGAGGUACUUCGUGCUGAAGGCACAGCAGCUCUACUACUACAAGGACGAAGAGGAUACGAAGUCACAGGGUUGUAUGUAUUUACCAGGAAGUACGAUCAAGGAGAUUGCCACAAACCCAGAAGAAGCAGGGAAGUUUGUCUUUGAGAUCAUUCCAGCUUCAUGGGACCAGAGUCGCACGGGACAGGACUCCUAUGUCCUCAUGGCCAAUUCCCAGGCGGAGAUGGAGGAGUGGGUUAAAUUCCUUAGGAGAGUUGCUGGCACACCCUCUGGAGCGGUGUUUGGCCAGCGCUUGGAUGAGACUGUAGCCUAUGAGCAGAAAUUUGGCCCCCACCUGGUGCCCAUCCUUGUGGAGAAGUGUGCAGAGUUCAUCCUCGAGCAUGGCCUGAAUGAAGAGGGCAUCUUCCGACUGCCUGGGCAGGACAACCUGGUGAAGCAGCUCAGAGAUGCUUUUGAUGCAGGGGAGAGACCCUCCUUUGACAGAGAUACAGAUGUGCACACAGUGGCCUCCCUGUUAAAGCUCUACCUCCGAGACCUCCCAGAGCCGGUGGUUCCCUGGAGCCAGUAUGAGGGGUUCCUGCUCUGCGGGCAUCUCAUGAAUGCUGACGAGGCAAAGGCUCAGCAGGAGUUGAUGAAGCAGCUUUCCAUCCUUCCUCGGGACAACUACAGCCUCCUGAGCUACGUCUGCAGGUUCCUACAUGAAAUCCAACUGAACUGUGCUGUUAACAAGAUGAGUGUGGAUAACCUGGCUACUGUGAUUGGUGUGAAUCUCAUCAGGUCAAAGGUAGAAGACCCUGCUGUGAUUAUGAGAGGAACUCCUCAAAUUCAAAGAGUGAUGACCAUGAUGAUCAGAGACCAUGAAGUCCUCUUCCCCAAGUCCAAGGAUGCACCCCUGUCACCCCCAGCCCCCAAAAAUGACCCCAAGAAACCUCCCGUUGCUCGAAGCUCUGUGGGCUGGGAUGCCUCUGAAGAUGUCCCAAUUUCUAGGACAAACAGCUUCAGUAACAUGACCAGUGACGUGGAAGCAACCAGCCCCACUGGACAACGGCCAAGUGAUGUGUGUCUGGAAGACAGUAGCAAAGCUCCCAGGGAAAAACCAGGAGACUGGAAGCUGCAAUCACGAAAAAGGACCCAGACACUCCCUAAUCGGAAAUGUUUCUUGACAGCAUCUUUUCAAAGUGCCAACAGCAGCAAGAUGGAGAUCUUCAAAAAUGAGUUCUGGUCACCUUCUUCAGAGGUGAACGCAGGGGAUGGGCAUAGGAGAACGAUGUCUCAAGGUGUGCCCAACCUUUCUGACUCCCAGAGGACUUCCACCUAUGAUAACAUCCCUACUCUGCCAGGGUCCCCUGGGAAUGAAGCAGGGGCACUCGCCUCUGGUGCCUCUGACUCCAAGAGAGAUACUCUUUCCAACCCAAACUCUGAAACCAGGCCUGGGACAAAGAACUCUGGAGAAGAGGAACUUGAAUCUUUGCAAAAGAUAGUCCAGGAUCUGCAAAAGGAAAUAGAAACACAGAAGCAAACGUAUGAAGAACAGGUUAAAAACCUUGAGAAGGAGAACUAUGAUGUCUGGGCUAAGGUGGUGAGGCUCAAUGAAGAACUGGAGAAGGAGAAGAAGAAGUCUGCAGCCUUGGAAAUCAGCCUCCGCAAUGUGGAGCGCUCCCUGGAGGAUGUUGAGAGGAGGAACAAAACCUUGGAAGAAGAGGUCAAGGAAUUUGUGAAAUCAAUGAAGGAGCCCAAGGUGGAUGCAUGAGGGUCCAGGAGUAUAUAGAAGGCAGCCCACAGAGGCCUGACACUGCUCCCUUUCUCCUUGCUACCUGAGGUCUGGGAAGCAAAAGCACUCCCUACAGGAGAGAACAUCUGGGGGAAAGAUAUCACAUUUCCCAGCAAAUAAAUCAGUGGAAUUUGUGGGAAGAUGAGGGUGAGCAGGGACAUAUGUGGACAUCUAUGACUGCCUAUGGCUGUAUUCCAGAGGAUUGCCUUAUUCCACUGUGGUCUCAGGCUGAGUGAAAUGGAACCUUCCAUGACUGGAUGGCUAGUCCAAUGGGGACAUUUGAGGCAGGCCUUAUUCUAGAACCUAGGGAACAGGUUUUCCCCCAACAAGGCUGGACUGAGGCUUGGUUCUUUGUUUUCUGUGCGGAAGGAUUUCACUUAGUCAGAUGGCCUCAGGGCAUCUCUGAGACACUGGGGCCGAAAAUGAUCUUCCAAGUUUGAGUGCUCACCAUGGUUUUGAGGGGCUGCCCCUGCUGAAGCCAGAGCCCCGUUCUGCCACUCCCACAGUGAUGCACAGUCUCCAGGGAUUGGAAACUCAAAAUUACCAUUAGCCUAAGAGAGAAUGAACAGUAAACUGUAUUUAUGAAAGCAAAAUCAAUGACAAAAUUAUAUUCAAAUAAAUGAAAAAAGCAGGGCUGCUGAUUCAUACACCUUUGUGAGAGUUAGUAAAAGCCCCCCCCCCCAACCCUCACCUCACCUGGGGCAGAUGCACCCCUCUCACCAGGCCUACGGCCCACUGAGCAGGACACUGACUGGAUUCCAGUACUUUCUUGCCUUUCAGUGGCCACAGUUGUAUUGUUAUACCCACUCUGAUGUGACUUCCUUAGAGGCUGGUUGGGGGUUUAGCCAGUUGCAAUCAUCAUAAUAAUAUUUUUUCUGUUUCACCAAAUACAGGUGAUUUCACCCUUUAAUGGGACAUUAGCAACUAGGUUUUUCUAGACGGCAGACUUUUCCUUCCACAGUGAGCCAGCAGGCAGAGGCCCCUGGAGAGGCCCCGGGCCUUGGUAGGUAAGAUGGUGGAGUCUUUAGUGGUUUUCUAGUUAGGUGGUCUCCAAUCUAUUUUGACCACGUACCCCUUUAGUAGAAAAUAUUUGUUCACGUACCCCUAAUAUAGGAAUAUAUAUUUAUUUAUAAAUUACAUACACGUCCUAUUAAUGUAUUGCUAUGUCAUAUAUAUUAUAAAAUAUACACAGAACAGAAAUUGGGUAAUCAGAUAAAAACAAAUAUAAGUAGAUGGUCUCAAAUAUGCUUUCUGCUCUAGAGACCUCUGGCCCGAUUUCCCAGCAGGUAUUGCCCAAACAAGUUUGGCUAUGUCAUUCCAUUGCUUCAUUAAAUUUACUUGAAUUCUUGAAGCCACAUGGCUUAGUCAGUGGCUUGAAAUCUGUGGUUACCACAGUGAGAGUUCAGCCUUCCCCAGUGUCUGCAUCUACUCCAUUUUUCCUUUACUCUCUUUGUUUUCUUUUUUUCUCUUCCUCUGUUUGUGUUCUUCACUCAGGUUGGUUUCCCCUUGCCUCUGGCCAUGACCUAUUACUUACAGAGAAAGGUACACAUGGGGGUGGGGUGGGAGCAUCAGUGUUUCUCAGUCCCACUACUCAGGCCCUGCUCCACCCACCCCAGCCCCUGAGGGCCGACUGAUGGAGGGCGAGACAACACCUGGGGCAUUCUCUCAGGGGCCUGCUUGCAGAAGAUUGGGAAGCUGGGGGAUCAUCUGGAACAUCAUUAAAUAAAGCAAUCAAAUACUUGAUUUCCAGGAGGUUACUUUUUAAAAAAUUACAGAGUAACAAACAUGGAAACCCUUAUUAAACACCUAAUUUACACUGA